CGCGGAUGUUAUUAUGUAUCUAAACUUCCUGGACCACCAGCUUAUCCAAUUAUUGGAAAUGCCAAAUUAUUUUUGGGAUCUCAUCAAGAAGUUACAAAUAAAUUAAUUAAUAUUGCUGAAAAGUAUCAGAAUAUGGUCCGAAUAUGGAUUGGCCCUGUUCUUUUAAUUGCAUCUUCAAACCCAGACAUUGUUCAGAAACUAUUUACAAAUGAACAUGUUUUAGAAAAAGCUUACUUAUUGAAAUUAGUUUGGAACCCCGUAAUGGGAAAAUCAGUUUUCACUUCAGAAGUUACAGAAUGGAGAAAUCAUCGAAGUAUUGUAAUUAGAGGUUUUACUCCAAUAAUUUUAAAAUCGUAUUUUAAAAUAUUUGUGGAAAAAAUUAAUAUUUUAAUUCAAAAAUUAGAUUUGGAAUUAAAUAAAGAAAGAUCGUUUGAUAUAUAUGAAUACUUGUCAAGAACUACUUUAGAUUCAGUUUGUGGGUCAACAAUGGGUGUAAAUAUAAACUCACAUGAAGAUGAUGGGUCAUCUUCUUAUUUCCAUGCUAUUAACAGUGUGACGUUUUUUAUAUUAGCUCGAUUUUUGAAUCCAAUCAAAUAUCCAACUAUAUUUUAUCGAUUCACACAAGAUUAUAAAAUGGUAUCAAAAAGUCGUGAUGUUACCCAAGAAUUUACUGAAAAAAUUAUUUCUGAAAAAAGACGAUUAACAAUAAUUUUUACGGAAGAACAAUUACAUAAUCACGUUAAUGGUCUCAUUUUUGGGGGUUAUGAAACAACAGCAAUUUCUCUGAGCUUUGUUUUAUUACACUUGGCUGCAUAUAAAGACAUACAAACAAAAUUAUAUAAUGAAAUAUUGGAAGUUCUUGGUGACAUAAAUGUAGACUUAAUCAAUGUCGACGAUUUACCAAAGCUCAAAUAUAUGGAUAUGGUUCUUAAGGAGUCAAUGAGAUUAACUCCAACAGCUCCAGUAAUUCCAAGAGAAGCAUCUCAAGAUAUUAAAAUUGACAAUUAUACAAUUCCAAAAGGAGUAAAUAUACUAAUUCCAGUAAUAAAUAUCCAUCGAAAUCCAGAAUAUUGGGAAAAUCCAUUAAAAUUUGAUCCAGAAAGAUUCACACCAGAAAAUAUAAAAAAUCGUCACCCUUACGCUUACAUUCCAUUCGGUGCUGGCCCUAGAAAUUGUUUUGGUAGGAGAUAUGCAUGGAUCUUUAUGAAAACCGCAUUGGUUGCAUUAUUAAGUCGGUAUGAAUUUCACACUGAUAUAAACUUGGACACAUUACGGUUUGAAGUAGGAAUAGUAUUGAAAUUAAUAAAUGGUCACCAGGUGCAAAUCACUCCACGAUAUAAAUAUCGAAAUAUGGUCCGAGUAUGGAUUGGCCCUAUUCCCCUAAUUGGAUCUUCAAAUCCAGAUAUUGUUCAGAAACUAUUAACAAAUGAACAUGUUUUAGAAAAAGCUUACUUAUUGAAAACAGUUUGGAGUCCUGUAAUGGGAAAAUCAGUUUUCAUAUUAGAAGACUCGAAUUUUACGGAAGAACAAUUACAUAAUGAAACUAAUGUUCUCAUUUUUGCGGGUUAUGAAACAACAGCAAUUACUCUCAGCUUUCUUUUAUUACAUUUGGCUGUAUAUAAAGACAUACAAACAAAAUUAUAUAAUGAAAUAAUAGAAGUUCUGGGUGACCAAAAUGUGCUCUCAAUGAAUGUCGACGAUUUACCAGAGCUGAUAUAUAUGGAUAUGGUUCUUAAGGAGUCAAUGAGAUUAACUCCAACAGCUCCAGUAAUUUCAAGAGAAGCAUCUCAAGAUAUUAAAAUUGACAAUUAUACAAUUCCAAAAGGAGCAAAUAUACUAAUUCCAAUAAUUAAUAUCCAUCGAAAUCCAGAAUAUUGGGAAAAUCCAUUAAAAUUUGAUCCAGAAAGAUUCACAUCAGAAAAUAUGAAAAAUCGCCACCCUUACGCUUACAUGCCAUUCGGUGCUGGUCCCAGAAGUUGUCUUGGUAGGCGAUAUGCAUGGAUCUUUAUGAAAACAGCAUUGGUUGCAUUAUUAAGUCGAUAUGAAUUUCACACCGAUAUAAACUUGGACACAUUACGGUUUGAAGCAGGAAUGUCAUUGAAAUUAGUAAAUGGGUACCCAGUUCGAAUCACUCCACGAUAUAAAUCAUAAGAUAUUUUGUU